AUGUGUUUAAAGGACGAUGGACCAUAUACGCUCACCAUAUCGAAUGCCCAUGGAACGGAUUCGAUUGACAUCAAGUUGCUGGUCACAUCAGACAAUGGGCUCGACUUCCGAGCUAUGCUCAAGCACAGUGCCAAGAAACGAGCUUCAAAAGUUGGCAAGGAUUUCGACCCAGCUGACAAGAAGUCCGAGGACGAAAAGCCACCAAUGACCGAAGCCGAGAGGAGGCAGUCACUAUUUCCAGGAAAGAAAGUCGAGAAGUGGGAACAGCCACUUCAGGACUACACUGUUCAGCAACAGGUGGACAAAUUCGCAGAAUGGAAAUGCGUUUAUUCACGACCAAAUGCGAAAAUCCGUUGGUACAAGGACCGAAAGGAGAUCUUCUCCGGAGGCCUUAAGUACAAGAUCGUCAUCGAGAAAGCGGUCUGCACAUUGAUUAUCAACAAUCCUGAGGUCGACGAUUCUGGCAAAUACACCUGUGAAGCAAAUGGACUGCCAACCCAUGCCAUACUAACAGUUCUAGAGCCUCCUAUGAAGUACUCGUUCCUCAAUCCGUUGCCGAAUACACAAGAGAUCUACCGAACAAAACAGGCGGUGCUUACCUGUAAGGUGAACUCACCACGAGCUCCACUCGUCUGGUAUCGAGGAGAUAAGGCCAUCGAUGUAAAUGACAAGCGAUACACGAUUGAAAAAGAUGCCGUCGGUCGAUGCACGCUUACGAUAAAAGAGGUAGAGCAAGAUGAUCAAGCUGAAUGGACAGCUCGCAUCACGAACGAAGUUUUUAGUAAAGUGCAAGUUUAUGUAGAAGAACCUCGACACACCUUCGUCGUGCCCAUGAAGUCGCAGAAGGUGAACGAGAACGAGCCUGCCACACUCGAGACCGAUGUGAACGAUCGAGACGCAGAUGUAGAAUGGUGGCAUGAUGGGGUCAAGAUUACCAUAGACGGCAAGAAGUUCAAAGAAGAACGCAUCAGUAGAAAACGACGCCUCAUCAUACAAAUGGCUAAGAUCGAAGAUCACGGAGAAUAUAAGUGUACUACGAAAGACGAUAAAACAAUGGCGCAAUUGAUCGUCGAACCGUUGAACAAGUUCAUAGUACAGCUGAAGGACUUGGAAGUUGUCGAGAAAGAAGAUGUAGUAAUGACUUGUCAAACAAAGGACACAAAGACACCAGGACUGUGGAACCGCAAUGGUGUAAAAAUCACUAGUAUGCCUGGAGGAAAAUUCGAAACUUCGUCCCGAAAUGGUACCCACACCCUGAAGAUCAGUAAGAUCGAGAUGAACGAGGGCGAGACGUACGAGAUCGAUGUUGGUGGUCUCAUCGGCAAUUGCUUUGUGACCGUGCUCGAAGCUGAAAAGCGUCCCCGUGAUCAACUGGAAACCAAAGAAAAUCGAAGCGAAAGCCGGCGAACCAUUCCAUUCCAAGUCAAAGGAACGAAACGCGGUGAUCCGAAGGCAACAAUCCUCAGAAAUGGAAAACCGAUAGAUGACGAAAUGAAGAAACUGGUUGAAGUGGUGUUCAACGGCGACGUGGCCGAGAUAAUUUUCAAGGAUCCCAAGCCAGUGAAAGCCUACAUCGUCGAAGUGCAAGAAGGACGAAGUGGGAAGUGGAAGAAAAUAGCAGAGACCAAAGCUACAGAGCUAAAGGUAAAAGAUUUAAAAGAAAAUGGCGAAUACAAAUUCCGCGUCAAGGCUGUAAACGAAGUCGGAGAGUCAGACCCUCUCACUGGUGAAACUGUGAUCGCCAAGAACCCCUACAAAGUACCUGGCAAACCGCGAAAUAUGGACGUAGCCGACAUGGAUAAGGACCAUCUCACUCUUCAAUGGGAACCACCUGAGGACGACGGAAAGUCGCCUAUCAUCGAGUAUAUCGUUGAGAGACGAGAAAAAUCCGAGAAAAAUUGGAACGUUGUUGGCACCACACCUGCCGACGGUAUGGGAAAGCACUACCUCACUGAUGAUAAGGUCGUCGAAGGCAAGGAAUACUACUACCGCGUGAAAGCCGUCAAUAAAGCUGGUCCCGGUGAUCCAUGCGAUCACGGCAAAAGCUUCAAAAUCAAGGCUAUUGAAAACGCUGAACGAUCCGAUUCCGGACAGUUCACUAUCAUGCUGAAGAACCCGUCUGGUACCGCUGAAAGCACCGCUAAGGUGACGGUGGUUGGACGACCAAGUCCGCCUAAAGGGCCACUUGAUAUCGCAGACGUCUGUGGUGAUGGAUGUACUCUUUCUUGGAAUCCACCUGAGGAUGACGGCGGUGAUCCUCUAACUGGCUACGUGAUCGAAGCACAGGACAUGGACAACAAGGGCAAGUACAUCGAGGUGAGUACGAAAAGAUCACAAAACUGGAGGGGCGUUCUCACAGACCUAGUCCAGCACAGGCUCCAGUGGGAUUAA